GUUUUAGAGUAAACACUACACUUCUCCCCAACAAGGGAGAUCUUGCAAUGGCCUCAGAAUGGAAGCUUCCACUCAGAGCAUUGCUGCCGACUCAAUUUCAGACCUGUGUUUGAGAGAUGAGAUUCUGGGAGCCGGAGGUUGGUCUGUAGUCUACAAGGGUGAUUUUUGUGGGCACGAAGUCGCGGUGAAGACCUUCAAUUCACAAGUACGACGGGAUGUCGAGGAGCGGGUUCAGCGGCAUCGUUUCCUCAAGGAGGUGAAGGCCUUGAAAGCUCUUGGGCAACGGGAAAUCCAGCUGUCUCAGCCUGACAUGACUGACGCGCAGAAAUUUAUUGUCAAUUUGCUGGCCUACUCAAACUCUGGUGGAGUUCCUGGUCCAGCACCAAAUGGUCAUUUCUACACAAUCCUUGAAUUAGGCCACAGCAGAUUAGACCAAUGGCUGCGAAGACCAAGAUCUGACCAAACAGCACGACGAACUGACAGCCACCAGAUGUGGCAUUUCGAUUUUUGCGACAUUGCGCGAUCGGUGUUUGCUGCCUUGCAUUGCCUUCAUGUGCGGGGUUUGGUGCACUUGGAUGUCAAGCCGCAAAACAUCAUGCGCUUCGGCCACCAAUGGAAGCUGAUAGAUUUGGAGAGUUGCAUGUCCCUGGCUGAUGGCAGUGUGUCAAUUGCAGACAUCACCCCACUGUAUGCAAGCCCAGAACUUGCACAAGCUGUGUUGUGCAGAGCAGACCCCACAGCCACUGGUCUUGUGCCGCCCCAUCCAACAAUGGACAUUUGGGCGGCUGGAGUUGUUCUGUUGGAUGUCCUUGCGGAAGGGUGCUGCUUCGAUGAGAUGAAGGCGUCUCUUGAUUUGGCUGCCUUGUUUGAAGAAGAGGCCGUUUUGAAUGAGGGAUGGUUCCGAUGGCUUUCCUCAUCAGAACCUUUGGAUCUUCACAGCCUAUUUGCUGCUACCCCUGGAGCCUGCAAGCUGGACCAUCAGCUUGAGCUCUUCCUGGACCCGAUCCUGACAAAGGAGCCUGGACUUCGGGCAUCUGCUUUGCAGCUGCGAGAUCACCAGUUCUUGAAUGUGCACCGUCAAGGUCGGCAUCAAGUGGAGAAGGUGUUUAGCAGCUUGCAAGCAGUCAGCCCGGCUCCGUUUCACAUUUCUUUCAGGGGAGUUCACCUGCAGCUUGGCGGUCACAAUGGUGCACGGUUUGAGACUGUGGGAUCAAAACAUCUGGGUCACAGGUUACCUUUUGUAAACUCAGAGGUCUCAGACAUUCUGGUUGCGUCACUAGCGCCAGAUGACCUGGUGUGCGGUGAAGGAAUGAGCAGAUGUAGUCUUGCCUCAAACCAAAACCCAUGGUGGUGGGAGCUGGAAGUUUAAGUUGGAAUGUACUCCAGGAGGAUGCAGAGACAAAGAGGAUUUUAUGCUGUCGUUUGACAUGCUUGUGGAUGUACUGGUCUACAUUGGUGUGGCGGAGAAGGCUCUUUACUGUGCUUGUUUGAUUGAGCAUUUUCCUGCUUGUUUGAUUGAGCAUUUUCCCUGUAGCUGUCCCGUUCCUUUUUUGGGCGUGCCGCUUUUUCCAUUUGGGAUGUCUAUUUACCAGAACAAACUUGCAUUUCCACCAGCAUUGAGUUACCAACCUGAAGGAUGCCGACACUAUUCUGGAUGCAAUGUGUCACCAAAUGGGCAACCACCCUUUUACAUUUGCAUCUUUUCUCAACUUUUUGUAUUUGGCAUAAAGCAUAAAGCUUGCUUAGCCUGUGCACGGUCAAAACGACAUAAUUCAUACAUGUGGAUUGUCAAAUCGGCAACUCGUGACGGACAUUGAAUUUAUUGGAUAUGCAUCCAAUAA